AUGAUUCAAGGUGAAACUAAUCGGGCUACAUAUGUGAAAAACCGCUUCAUACGGGACUACAACAUAAAAGUAGUGGACGAAUGGAUAAAUGGUUGUGUUUCGUUUUGCUUGCAAGAAAAUCCCAAAACGUCGAACGAUGCCCUGUUCAAGUUCGCCUUCGACCAGUGGAUACUUGCGGAUUUGGGCGAGGUUGGUGUAUCGUCGCUACCAGCCAUUGUCGAGACGGAAACGAAAUGCUUCACUUUGAACGGAAGUUUUCCGUUGCAGCUUAACUAUUUGAUCGAUAUUUCCGAACCGUGUUACGAUCAACUGAGGAAUUUGUACAAUAAGAAAUUGGAUGAAGCUGAAGAUGAGAUUCAAAUGCGAAGAAAUCAAAAUCAACACGUUAAAAAGAAACGCAUGCUGAAGCUGGAACUGACCGAUGGAAAGCGUACGGUUAUCGGAAUGGAGCAUAAUCCAAUAGCUGCCCUAAAUACGAAGCUUCCUCCAGGGGUUAAAAUCUUGCUAACGGGUCCAAUUCGUUGCAUCAAUAAGGUGCUUUUUCUUGAACCGAGACAUGUCAGAAUACUCGGCGGUGAAGUUGACACAAUGCUGAUUUCCCAUGCGUUUGAAAAUAUUUUACUGCGUGCUCUGGGACAACCUUUAAAUCCUAAUCCUAAAACAGAAUACGAGGAACCCACAGUUGUAGAGAAAAAUCGAAAAACCACGUACAACAGUAUCCCGUCGAUUCCAAUGGUAUUUCCAUCUCCGGCGAAACCGCUUGGAACUAGACAUAUUGAUGAUUUGGAAGACGAUAUGUUUUUAGACAUUGAUUUAGAUGGGAUUGAUGGAAGAAAAGAACAGGCUCCCGAACAAGUUCCAACGAUAAGCACCCUGAUGGAUGACGAUGAUGAUAUAGAGAUAAUGAAUUUGCAGGAGAAAGAAAUUAUGGAUCAGCAAGUAUCGUCUACGAAAACUUCACAACCGUCACCCACGUCAUCGCGUUCAAAAUUACCAACAAUUCGUCAACCUAAUUUUGAGUACCCUGACGAUGACAUCGACGCUAUGAAUUCUUUGGAAGAUGAAAUACGCAAUGAGCAAAACAACAUGGUUACUUCGUAUGAUGAGCAACAAUUUGCACUGCAUGAAAACCCCCGAUCGCCAAUACAACCAACAAAGCGUGCUAGGCUCUCGUCGUCUACGGACCGCACGCCCGUCCGGACGGUACAACCACAAUCGUCCAAGUUCAUCGACGAUGGCCAGCAACCUUCCACCAGCAAAAACUUCGACAAAUGCUCCGUUUCGGCCUUCUUCGAGGAUAGCCUCGAUGGUGACGACUUCCAACUGGUUGAAUCUCAGCCGGGUGGUGAUGACAUUCUUUCACCCCGCUAUAGAUUUCAGCUGGAAGGCUACAGCUUGGUGACGGUCGCGCAAAUCAGUCAACUGAACGACCUGGACAGGGAGGAGCGUACCUUCGUGGUGUUCGGCGAAGUCGAAGAAGUUUUCGAACGUAUCCGCGUUACGGAUGAUGGUUGGAAGCUGGGCGUCAUGAUAACCGAUCGUUCCGAGCGGUUUUUGCCGGUCCGUUUCCAUACUACGGUUAUCAGUAAAAUGGUUGGAUAUGAUGCUGGCUCGAUACAGCAGAUGAAACGAGCCAAAAAUGCCCAAGUUAUGAAGCUCCUCGAAGAGAUCCUAAUCAAGUUCAAAAACCAGCUCCAAGAGCUACGCACUUUCAUGCGAAUUCGUUACCACCAAGGCAACGAAUUUCCCUUCGUAAUGGAGAUAUACGAUUGUACCAGUCCUCGGUUAGCUGUACUAACCGAUAAAGUUAACAAAGAAAUCCAUGCGAAACAUUUACGAGAAAUCAUUCCCUCGAAUUGUGAUACUGGCCAGUGAGUACAAG